AUGAUAAAUGCUCCACCAAAGAAAGCAGCCACUUCUGGGUGGACCCAAAUACCAGAUGAGUUGUUAAUUAUGAUUAUGCAAAAAUUGACAUUACCAGAUAUGAUUCGGUUUGGCUGUGUCUGUUCAUCUUGGAGAUCUGCUUCAGCUCCAGCUCGUCAUGGAAAGCUUCCCUGGUUAAUGCUUCCCUAUGACACUCUAGCCAACGAUGGUGCCUACGGUUUCUUCAGCCUCUAUGAUCAGCAAUUUUACAAGCUUCAACUACCAGAAGCAGCAGGAGCAAGAAUCCAUGGAUCUUCCCAUGGUUGGCUUGUGACAGUGCACCCUGAGUCUGGUAUUCAUCUCUUACAUCCCUUCAGUAGAGUGAGAAUACAGCUUCCAAGUCUUAGCACAUUUCCAGAUGUUCUGGGCACUUUCUACUCAAAUGAAGGUGGCAUCACUUAUGUAUUAAGCUCAUCAAAGGGUUGCAGAGCUGAAUAUGGUUUCAAAUGGAUGCGUGAUGCCUAUAUAGGUAAGUUCACCCUUUCCUCUAGCCCUUCUCCUUCUUCCUCUUCAGACUGUAUAGUUGUGGCCACCUAUGGAGAGAGAAGAAAAUUGGCUUUCUGCAGACCCUGGGACAAUAGAUGGACUGCUGUGAAAACACCAUGGGACUCUUAUGAAGACAUUAUCUUUCACAUGGGAAGGCUCUGUGCCUUGGACUUGCAAAGGCGACUUGUAGUUUGCCAUAUUGGUUAUUCUUCAAGAGUGUUUGAAAUUAUGCCACCCUCAACUAUUACCUGUGGUUCGCAAUGGGAGUAUCUGAUGAGUAGGGCUGGUGAACUGAUGAUGAUUUUAAGAGAUGUGAAAUGGAUUUCUGAUGCUGAUGGCCCUGGUAGGGACUGCUCUUGUGGGCUUUCAGGUAAUGAUGCCAUGGACAUUGCCAACAACAAUGAAGUUGAUGAGUCUGAUGAUCACUAUGACAGAGAUUCCAGUGAUAAUGACAUUUUUCUUUGUAAGACAGUAGGAUUCAAGGUUUACAAGCUCGACUUCAAUUCGCGUAGGUGGAUCAGAGUGAAGAGCUUGGGAAAUACAAUGGUUUUCUUGUGUGAGAGUAAUUUGUUAUCUCUACCUGCUUGCCAUUUUGACAGGAACAGAGGGGACCACAUCUAUUUCAUUGAUGAUAGCUGUGAUACUUAUACCAGAGAACAUAGAGAAGGAGUUUAUGAGCUCUGUGCAUUUAAAAUGGUUGAUCAGACCAUUGAAACAUAUUUCAGAACUGAUAACCAGAUGAAUAUGCCCACACCCAUCUGGGCCGCACCCUAA